AUGGGCAUCAAAAUGCCGGAGUCGUCGUCGCCUCGUGAGUCUUCACCUCCGAAAGAUGACGAUGUGAUAUUGCCAGAUGCGCCUCCGCCAGUGAACACCGCUAUACCCUCCCCAGAGCAGGCUUCUGGAUCCAGUGGUGGGAAUCAAGAGGGUGUAGCACUUGGGGACCUCUUCGACGACGAUGACGAUGAUGAUGAGGCCUUAGCAAAUGAGCUCGAGGCAUCAAGUGCGGCCAACAUCCCCUCCUCGCCACCACAGACGGCCCCGAGCUCAUCGGGCCCAGACAUUUCCUCAAGCGCUCAACAUGAGUCUUACUCAGAUCCCAACCUGAUGCGUCAAUUCUAUUCUCGACUGUUCCCCUUCCGGUCUCUCUUCCAAUGGCUCAACCACUCUCCCAAACCUGGCCCAGACUUCAGCAACCGCGAAUUUGCCCUCACACUACCGAACGAUGCCUAUCUCCGAUACCAGUCAUAUCCUACGGCAGACAUGCUCCGCAAAGAUAUUCUGCGCCACAAUCCAUCCCGUUUCGAGAUUGGCCCUGUCUAUACCACGAAUCCGCGAGACCGGAAGACACUAAGAAAAAGCUCCAUGUUCCGGCCGUUGAGUAAAGAAAUAGUGUUCGAUAUUGAUUUGACCGAUUAUGACGAUAUACGGACAUGCUGUGAAAAGGCAAAUAUCUGUUCAAAGUGCUGGACGUUUGCAACAAUGGCCAUCAAAGUUGUUGAUGUCGCACUACGGGAAGACUUUGGCUUCGAGCACAUCAUCUGGAUUUACUCGGGACGUCGUGGUGUGCACGCGUGGAUCAGCGACAAGAAGGCCAGAGAGCUAGACGACGACAAACGGAAGGCAAUAACGGGAUAUUUCGAGGUCCUGAAAGGAGGUGUGCAAGGUGGAAAGAGGGUCAACCUCAAACGACCGCUUCACCCUCACAUUACACGCAGUCUCGAGAUUUUGAAGCCUUACUUUGCUCAGGUCCUAGUUGACCAGGAGCCGUUCUUAUCACAAUCCGGACAAGAUCGGCUUCUGCAGCUGCUCCCAGACAAGGCCCUCGGUGAGGCGCUGGCGAAGAAGUGGGCCAGCAGCCCCGAUCGACCCAGUCACAAGAAAUGGGCCGACAUUGAUGCGAUGGCGGAGACUGGGGCCAGCAAGACUUUGGAUCGAAAAGCACUAUUGCAAGCCAAGCAAGACAUUGUGCUCGAGUAUACCUAUCCGAGAUUGGAUGUGGAAGUCGGAAAGAAGAAAAUUCAUUUGUUGAAAAGUCCGUUUGUGGUGCAUCCUGGCACUGGUCGAGUCUGCGUGCCCAUCACAGCAGCCGGCGACAUGGACCGAGCAGAUUCAUUCGAUCCACUUUCAGUACCCAAAGUCAAUGAACUUCUCAGGGAAGUAGACCAAUUUAGCGGAGCAGGAGAUGGGGAUGACCCGGCAAAUGGAUUCGUCGAGGACGGUGUGACCAUGAGAAAACUGAACGACUGGGAAAAGACGAGUCUGAAACCGUAUGUCGAACUUUUUGAUGGCUUCAUCAAAUCAUUGCUCAAGAGCGAGCUUGUCCGAGUGAAACGGGAGAGGGAUGAAAGUGGGGUUACUGGAACUGAUGGCAUGGAGUUUUGA